ACAUGUGAAACACAGAGCACAUAAGUUUUGUUUUCAGUUGUAGCAGCCAAGAAGAAGAAUGACUCUUAAGAGAUGAGUUCUAGACACAGCAAAAUUGCUUCAAAAGCACUCGGACUCAGAAACAAGAUGCUACUUCUUAUCUUUAUGCUGUUGUUUUCAGCGGAAGCAGGUUUCAACACUCAGUGCUGUGACGAUCUCAAGCCCUGUGAAGAUAUCAAUCACUGCACAAGUGGGCACCAGAUACCGGCAAAGAAAACUACAGAAGAUUGCGAAGGCCUUUGUGGUUUAGAGUGCUAUAAAAAGACAACAGACGACGACGAUCCUCUCCUUUGUACCUGGAAGUCAGACACAGCCUCUCCCGAGGCUCAGUACACUCUCCACUACUGUGCUCAAGGUAAACACUGCCUUUCCUUUGAUGCUGGGACCUCCACUUACUGCUGUAUUAAACGAAUUGACUUGCGGAUGAGACUCAACAUGACGUUCUGGGUUCAAGAGAGAGCAACCAAUACAAACAUCACAUCCAGGAAUAUUACUGUUAAUCUCACAAAAGCUGUGAAGCCUGACCCUCCGAAGGAUUUGAAAAUGAAUAAAUCUUCUGGAAACCUUCAUCUGUCAUGGAAGAAAGCAGCUAAAGAAAUCGAGGGCUCCCUCAAUGAGAUUCACAUCAGAAGAUUGAAUGACUCCCACUGGCACAAUGUAACAUGUGAAACCUCAGGAAAAGAGACUCCAGAGCAGUGCAGUGUGCAGGUGGACAGUCAGCCAGCCUACAAGCUUCAAAUUCGGACGAUACUCAAGAAACAUACAGAGCUGUGGGGUUUCUGGAGUGAAUGGAGCAAAAUUGUGUUUGUUCCUGCUGAAAUUCAAGAGCCUCCACAGUUGCAGUUUGUGUUAAGGAAACUGGAAUCCAGUGGCACCCGAUCAUUGAAUCUAAAAUGGACGGCUCCUCACAAUGCUAUGGAUUCUCUAGGGAAGAUGAAGUAUAUCCUAACCAUCAGUAUGUUGCCUAAAGAAUGCAGAACACCUCUGAAAUUAAAAAUAAACACAACAGAACAUACCAUGAACAUCUUUAAUGCAGGAUACAGAGUGUCGCUGGUUGCGUUCAACAAAGUCGGACAAUCCCCAAAGCAAACUGUUUUCAUCUCCCCUGAUCACACAGGUAAGAGCAUGAUUCUCAUCUCCCCCGAUCACACAGGUAAGAGCAUGAUUCUCAUCUCUCCCGAUCACACAGGUAAGAGCAUGAUUCUCAUCUCCCCCGAUCACACAGAGCAUGAUUCUCAUCUCCCCCGAUCACACAGGUAA